CGGAAAUGGGCGCUCGUGACGUCAACCACACGCGCCCCGAGUGCCGGCUACGUUGCGGAAGGGAAGUCGCCCGGGCAGCGGCUGGGCUCGGCUGCUUGGCGGAGGUGGCGGGUAGCUCAGCUCCGGGCCGAGGCCGCAGUAGAGCUCCAGGAAGAUGUUACCAAGUACUUCAGUGAAUUCCUCAGUGCAGGGGAACGGAGUCUUGAAUUCCAGGGAUGCAGCAAGACACACAGCUGGAGCAAAACGCUACAAAUACCUCAGGAGGCUUUUUCGAUUUCGCCAGAUGGACUUUGAGUUUGCUGCCUGGCAGAUGCUCUACCUGUUCACUUCCCCACAGAGGGUUUAUAGGAACUUUCAUUACCGGAAGCAGACAAAGGACCAGUGGGCCAGAGAUGACCCUGCUUUCUUGGUCUUAUUAAGUAUCUGGCUCUGUGUAUCCACUAUAGGAUUUGGCUUUGUGCUGGACAUGGGAUUUUUUGAGACGAUAAAGCUUCUCCUGUGGGUCGUGUUCAUAGAUUGUGUGGGUGUUGGUCUUCUGAUAUCAACUUUAAUGUGGUUCAUCUCCAACAAGUAUCUAGUAAAGCGACAAAGCAGAGACUGUGACGUGGAGUGGGGCUAUGCCUUCGACGUGCACCUCAAUGCCUUCUACCCGCUCCUGGUCAUUCUGCAUUUCAUCCAGCUGUUCUUCAUCAACCAUGUUAUCCUAACAGACACAUUUAUUGGAUAUUUAGUUGGAAAUACCUUAUGGCUGAUUGCAGUUGGCUAUUACAUCUAUGUAACCUUCCUAGGAUACAGUGCAUUGCCCUUUUUGAAAAACACAGUAAUUCUUCUCUAUCCGUUUGCACCUCUGAUCCUACUGUAUGGGCUGUCGCUGGCACUAGGCUGGAACUUCACCCGUGCUCUGUGUUCUUUCUAUAAGUAUCGAGUGAAAUGAAGAGAAAGGUGGCAAUACCCAGCUUGACUGUCAACAGUAUUGGUGAGGUGAUGAUUUCUUGUAAAACUUGUAAAUAAACUCUUUGUAGAUAUCUUAAAGGUGUAAAGUUUACAGAUUUGAGGAGAUAUGCUAACACUGUGGUCAAGUACAUUCCUUCAAUAAAUAUUUUUUAAACUAAA